AUGGCGGGAAAAUUAAACAUCGCAGUAGCUACUUUCUGUUUAAUAUAUCUUUUGGUUAAUGUUGAAAGUUCAUUUAUUAAGCCUAAUAAUGUGCCAAGAGUUGGUAGAAGCAACGAAGCCGAUGGUUUAUUCGAUCAGGGAAUGAUGGGAUACGUUAUAAAAACUAUUCCUAGCAAAAAUAUACCGCGGAUGGGCAGAAGAAAUUUUGACUCUACUAGUCGUUACGAUAUACCUAAGCUGUACCAGAUUUCCGAUGACGACACGCAAACUUAUGCAGAUAAUGGUGAGCAGGAGGUUGAACUUUAUCAAAACAAAUAA